AUGAUAGUUAUCUACUUUGCCGAGGACAUGGUCCUCUAUGCUACCUACGCUUUUGUUGGUGCAGCUGUUGCGAGUGCGCUGCUCUCCAUCUACAGCAAGAAGUUCAGAGUCGUGGUGCAGUUCUGCUACCACUGUUUUGUCAAACCGUUCACCCCAUCGUCGAAAAUCGCCAGGAGCACCGGCGCUCAGCAGCAGGCGCUCGAGUCGUUCUACCAGGCCCAGGCCAAGAUCUACGACAUGACCAGGUCAACCCUUCUCCAGGGAAGAGAAACCUCCUUAAAGUGGGCAGCCAGUCACCUUUCGAAGACCUCCGAUCUUGUGUGGAUCGACGUAGGUGGUGGCACAGGCUACAACGUGGAGCACAUGAAUUCCGUUUUGCCGUUGAGAAAACACUUCAAAGCCGUCUACGUGGUUGACCUAUCGCCGUCUUUGCUUGAAGUUGCACAACAGCGUUUUGAGGCCAAAGGGUGGAAAAAUGUCCACUGUGUGCUGGCCGACGCGUGCAACUUCUCUGUUGCCAACCUGCCUGCAGACCUGAUCACGUUUUCGUACUCGUUGUCGAUGAUUCCAACUUUCCACUGUGCCGUGGAUCAUGUUGCUUCCAUGCUGCACAAGAACGGAGUGGUCUGCUGUGUGGACUUCGGGGUCCAAACAAUUGCCACCUCGGUAGCCAGAGUCAACACCCUUGGAGGAAUGACAAACAGACACAGCCCAUGGGUUUUCCGCACGUUCUGGCGCACGUGGUUUGAGGCAGACAGGGUGUUUUUGGACCCGGCCAGAAGAGACUAUCUUGAGUACAAAUUCGGAACACUCAAGUCACUCAACCUGUACAACAAGAAAUUGGGCAAUAUCCCAUAUUACAUCUGGCUCGGCUGCGACAAAGACCGUUCGCCGGCCCUGCUGCAUAGGAUCAACGCUCUAGCUACCGAGUCUCCGUACCUGGCUCCCCAGGAUGAGUCGGUAGAAAUUGCCAGGAGCAAGGGCCACGAAGCCGCUCUUGAGUCGCAGGCCAAAAACCUGCCUUAUCCUUCCAUAUACUAUCAGAACGACGCCUACAGGGUCUACUACGACGAGCUGAGACCAGAAUAUGCGCAGUUCAGCGACCAGUACAUUUAUGCAUUUACCUGGGAGGACCCAAGAGAGGAUGCCAGAAUCCUCAAGCUCUCGUCCAAGGACACUGUUCUGGCCAUCACUUCGGCCGGCGACAAUAUAUUGGCGUAUGCUGCUUUGCCUGACCCGCCGCGACGUAUCCACGGGGUUGAUCUCAACCCCUGCCAGGGCCAUUUGAUGGAGCUGAAGCUUGCAGCUUUCAAGUCUCUGAAAAGGGAGGAGGUUUGGAAGAUGUUUGGGCUGGGCAAGAUCGAGGGGUUCCGUGAGCUGCUGGUCACCAAAAUGGCCCCGCACAUGUCUUCCAAUGCGUUCCAGUACUGGUAUGCCAACGGCGAGAAAACGUUUGACGUGAACGGCCGCGGCCUGUACGAUACAGGGUUCUCAAAAUGGGCCCUGAGAAUGGCACGCUACGUGUUCAAGAUCUGCGGCGUAACGUCCGAGGUGGAAGAUCUGUGUGCGGCCACAACGAUUGAAGAGCAAAAACGCAUUUGGGACGAAGAUAUCAAGCCUACGCUGUUCAACCCGAUCGUCUCGAAGCUGCUGGUUGGAAACCCGAUUUUUCUGUGGAAGGCGCUCGGUGUGCCGGCCAACCAGGCCGCCAUGAUGGGUCCGUCUGUGGUGAAGUACGUGACUGACACGCUGGACCCUGUAGUUUCCCGCUCUCUCAUCUCCAGCGACAACUAUUUCUACUACCUGGCUCUCAUGGGCAGAUACUCGGAGCAAAACUGUCCAGACUACCUGACUCGGUCUGCGUACAAAACAUUCUCAGCCAAGAACUCGCCAUUGGACAACAUCCGUCUUCACACAGACUAUUUGAACGACGUCUUCGCUAGAUUGACAAAAAAGUCUCUGACGGUUGCUGUGAUCAUGGACCAUAUGGACUGGUUCGACCCGGUCGGAACAGAAGCGGAAGAGGAGAUCGCCGCGCUGGAUGAGGCCCUGGCGCCCGGUGGCCGUGUCUUGCUGCGAUCUGCCUCCACGCAGCCAUGGUACAUAAAAAACUUCGAGAACAGAGGCUACAUCUGCGAAGCGGCUGCCAUGCGCGAGUCGGGACUCAGCAUCGACAGAAUCAACAUGUACGCGUCCACGUGGCUGUGCAUCAAGCCAGCCAAGCGGCACAUGAGCACGAUCAGGAUCUGA